UUGACUUUGAUAUUUGUUUUAGGUUUUUGAGUAUUUUCCAUCUUUGGAUAUAUUUUAUCAUAAUAUGACAAAGAAAUGUAUCAUUUUUUUCACUGAAAUUAAUAGCAACUUGUGUGAUCAUUCUCGUGUGAAGCUUUGAUCUAUCUACAGACAUAGUGUACGCGCAAUAAAUCUAUGCUCGUCCGCUCGCAACAAGUUUUGAGUGGAUUAUUUGAAAAUAAAAGCAACCGUGAUGGUUUCUCAUUCAAAGAAGUCUUCUGCCGAAUGGUUUAUUGAUCAACUGAACGUGAGCAAUGCGAAGCUGUUGGCGUUUGUGUUAGUUUUAGGGUUCAUCGGCUACCACGGCGUUCUGCAUUUACGAUAUGGGCCAGACUCGUGCACCUGGUUGUUAUCCUCAGGCCGAUAUAAAGGAGACCAUGAAUGGCAGCCUUAUGGUUGCAUGCUACAUCGCUACUCAAAAAUCGAUGCAAGAAGAUGUCUCCGGUACUUGGCUUUCUGGGGCAAAUACAACAGCUUUGCAUUCAUCGGAGACUCCCGUAUAGCACAACUCUAUGAACAUUUCAUAGGUGUGUUAAAAACCCGCCUGGACCCAGACCCCUCGUACUCACUGGAGCACCAUACCCCUAACAAUACAUACACCGAUGAGAAGUUACGUCUGUCUGUACGUCUGGUGUGGAGUCAUGACGUAUCGAGGACUAUGGUUGAACAGUUUAGAGCCUGGGAGCGCGAAGACGAGCCCCCCUCAGUGAUAGUGGCCGGCACCGGCCUCCAACUCCUCCUGACCCGAAACGCCACAACUCUCGUCAUAGAGGAAUACAAAAGGAACCUGACGCUGUUGGUACAAGCUAUAGAUUCGCUUGCACACAAGAAUACUAAAGUCCUUUGGAAGUUGAUCGAGUCGGUCGAUAGUUCGAAGCUGAAGAAUGAGUUUAAGAAGAUCAGUAAUAGUGAUAUUGAUGAGUAUAACAGAGCUGCUAUUGAGAUCUUGACCCACAGCGCAGCUCGCAUCUGGAGCUCUCCCCGCCUGGUCGCCCUGGGCGCCGGCUCCAACGACGGCUGGGCACUGAGUCCCCGCGCCUUGCGGCACGACGCUCAGAUAUUAUUGAACAUGUUCUGCAACGACCACAUGAACUUCAACGAUGGAUCGUGUUGCGCGAUGCCCGAGCCACAUACUCAGCUUCAGUUGUUAACGUUUGCCAUGUUUCUUGUAUGCGGUGUCCUAGCCGGCAUAAAAGCAACAUGGCGGUGGUCGCAAACCAUCCAGCAACGGCUCGGGGGAUACUCGCUCGUCUCCCCCCCUCCGACCACCUCAUCCCCCUUAGCCGCCCUCGCUAAACUGGGGAUGAUAAUGGCCUACUUCUAUCUCUGCGAUAGAACCAAUUUCUUUAUGAAGGAGAAUAAAUACUAUUCUGAGUGGAGCUUUUGGUUGCCGGUGGGAUAUGUGUUCGCGCUGGGAUUGUUUUUUACUGAUGACUCUAUAUCUACCAGGGUCCUGCAUAGAGAACAGACCAACGAAUGGAAAGGCUGGAUGCAACUAGUCAUCCUAGUGUACCAAGUGACAGGGGCCAGCAAAGUGCUGCCCAUUUAUAUGCUGGUGCGGGCACUAGUUUCUGCAUACCUGUUCCUUACAGGCUACGGUCAUUUCACAUACACGUGGAAGACAGGCGACACGAGCCUAGUGCGAUACUUCCGCGUCAUCUUCAGGCUAAACUUCCUGACUGUGGUCCUUUGCCUGACGAUGAACAGACCAUAUCAGUUCUACAGCUUCAUACCGCUAGUCUCGUUCUGGUAUACUUUGAUGUUCGUGAUCUUCGCCCUCCCACCGGACAUAGCACCCUCCUCCACCCACACAGUGGAAACCAAGCCCUACCAAUACCUCUACAUCGCGCUCAAGGUCAUCGGCCUAUUGAGCAUAGUGACGGUUCUAUACAUGAGUGAAUUCUUCUUCCAAAAAAUAUUCGUCACUCGGCCGUGGAAGGCGCUGUUCGUUAAUUCUGAUGAUGAUAUACACCAGUGGUGGCUGCGGUGGAAGCAGGACAGAUACUCGAUGACGUACGGAAUAAUCUUCGCCGUGGCUUAUUUGGUGGCGCAGCGAUACAGCUUGCUCGACGACAACAAUCAUAGCAAUCUGUUCACCCCGGGCGUCUCUCUUACAGCCACUCUCCUCGCCUUCAUCGGCAUCGGCAGUUACGUCACCUACACAUUCUUCUGCACCAACAUAUUUGACUGCAACGAGAUCCACUCCUACGUCGCCUUCCUACCCAUCGUGAGUUACAUCAUACUUAGAAACGUCUCCGGCGCUUUGCGAACUAGGCAUUCCAGUCUAUUCGCCUGGUUCGGAACAAUUACUUUAGAAUUAUUCGCCAGCCAAUCGCAUAUCUGGCUAGCGGCUGACACACACGGGGUCUUAGUAUUAGUCCCAAGCGCGCCUAUAUUAAAUUUGAUUAUAACGUCGUAUAUUUUUAUAUGUGCGGCGCAUGAGAUACAUAGGUUGACAGGGAUUAUUUUGCCGUACGCGGUCCCUGACGAUUGGAAGCUUGUUUUAAGAAAUUUCGCUAUUUUUCUAGCGAUUCUAGUCCCUAUAGGUAUACAUGAUGGUAUGUUUUAAAUUUGGUAUAAGUAAUUUGUAUAAACGUUUUAAAAGAGAUACUGUGGGUGCAUCAACUACUUCUUGUUGUUAUCCUGCGACGUCAGCCAGGGGACAGUUAGAAGAACUGUAUUAAGUAGAUGGCUCUUUAUGGCAAAGGCUUUACCUACCAUUAAACACCGUGUUCGUUGAAAUUAAACGCCUUAAAAUCACGUCAAACCGUGACCCAGGAGACGGUAACCAUGGCAACGAGUUACAAGAAAAAGUUGAUUCACCCGUCUGUAUCAUUUAACAAACUGAAUCAAAGUAUUGCAAUAUCCGUCAAAGUUUUGCAACAUGCUUUUUGGCAUUCAAUAAAUAUAAGCACUUAACACGUUAACUGUUGAAGAUCUCAAUUUAUUUAUUUAUUGACUAUUACGCUUUAGGUACAUUAGUAUAACAAUACAAAAACAUAUAACAAAAUCAAUACAAUGUACUUUUAAAAACGAGCGUUUUCCAGGAUGAAAUUUUAUCCAGUGCACAAAUUAUAACAAUUGGGUUUAAAGACAAAAAGUAGUUGUUCAAUAUCAUGAACCUUUUUUAUUAACUAGUACAAUAAUUUUUAACAAAUAUUUAAUAUACAGACGUUGAUUAACAUAAAUUAUUAAAAAAGAGGAUAACACGUAUAGGUAUUUGUGCACUAAAUAAAAAAUAUCCUAUAUUAACAAUUUAUACGUUCGUUUUAGUGGUCGAAGGAACCAUAAUGUUACUAUAAAACUAUAUUUGUAUUACAUACCCUUCAGUGAUAAUUUAAGGUUUUCAAAUAGUACAAAAUUACUUGAUUGACCAAUCCUACACUUGUGUUAAUUUUAUGUGAUUUUUUGCGAAGUACAUAUAUUACAUACUCUUUGUAUUUAGUAUUGUAAAUAUACAUAGCACUUUAAGGAUGUAGAAAUGUAUAUUUUUGAUUUUAUAACUGAACCAAUUACAUUAUAAAAGGUUAAAGGCACAUUUUAUUUACUUAAGCAUGUUUUAUUUAUUAAUAAUUUUCUUUUGUUUAUGAAAACUUUGUGUUAUUUGUCAAUGGUAUAUUAGUUCAUAAUGGAAUCUUGCCAUAAUUAUAUAUUGCGUUAAAUGUGACAUGUCAAUAUUAUAAAUAUAUUGUAUAGUUGUAUAUUGCAGUAUUUGAAUUCGGUGUUUAGAACCAAAAAGUUGAUUUUAUUAAAAGUAAUAAGUAAUAUUCAAAUGGGAAUGAUGAGAAAUUCGUGAAAAUGUACAACGUUUGUGUUUUAUUUAUACGUAGUAAAGUAUUUUAAACAAAUAAUUUUAAAAAGUCUGCCAUUUACAAGAAUUAAAUUGUCUUCUCAAAUUAUAAUGCUAAUAUGCUAUAAUGCUUUUAUUCCUACACUAAUAUAGUUUUGGUUGAAAAAUUGUGAUAUAAAUACCAAGUAUUUUGUAUAUGCUGUAUGUAAUAUUAAUAUGCUUAGUUAUUCGGACACCUCGACCUGUUGUGUUAGUUUUAAGUUUUGAUGCUUUUUUAGCCUGUAAUAUUUAUUACAAUAUAUUUUUGGUAAAAUGUAUGCACCAUAUUUUACACAACUUUCGCUAUGAAACAAAUACUUUUAUUUCUAUUUUACGCCUGUUAUAAAGAAAUAAACACGCUAAUGAUUUUUAACCCUUUGAUCACUAUUGUUAUGUAUACGUGACGUGACAGUAUACAAUUGUUAAUUAUACAUCUGAUUCAGAUUCAGAUCGUUUAAUACGGUGUAAACGUUACAUGUCAAAACCAUACAAAAUAAAAAUAAAAACACACACACACACCUAAAACUAAUAUACUAUGUAUGACAUGAUUAAUUUAAUUUCAGGCAAUUAAGGUAAGGUAUAAAAUUUUGGAGACUCUGUUUUGUAAUCUGCACCAUUAAAACUAUUUGUUUUAGUCCAGCAAAUAUGUAAUACUAAACUUUAUCUUGAGGUAGCAUUUAGUUUACUUUUAAUUUAUUGCCGACAACUUGUUUGAUAGUACCUAUAAUUAUAAUUUGUUUCUAUUAUUUUGCAGAUUUCAUGCGUAAGUUUUAUUUUUUCAUUAUUUUUUUAAGUAUAGAAAUGUGAAACUAUUCUUGUUUCCAUUUCAAUCUGAAUAAAAAAAAAUGCAAGUUGGGUGUAUAUAUUUUUGUUGGCCUCUCUCGUGAGCCAGAGGACAACAGUACAUAUUUAUCAGGAAAUGCACCCGUGAAAGUCCACAAAGGUUUUAUAAUCACUAAAACGCCUGCAUAUUGCAAUUAGUAUAUUAUAAUUAUGGUAUCAAAGUGUGACCCAGGAGACUUUACCAUGGCAACCACACAAAAAUUCGAUUCUCUCAUAUGCUUACAAUGUUUACUGGUAAACUUUGUAUCAACUCUAGAGGUCUACCGUUUAACUGAGGCGGUAGAUAAGUUUUUAUGGCCAGCUAAGGACUGGAUGAAUGCCUGGCUGCAUGAAGCUGAUUUUUAUUAAGUAAUUAACUAAUUAAAAUCAUCUAGUUAGCCCUAAAACUCAGUUAACUUCUACUAGAAUAUCACUGCGAAACUUCUUUACCAACCAAUUUAAUCUUGCACUAAGCAAAAUUAGGGCUCGUUCAUUAAUUAAAUCGGACGUCAAAGAUAUGUUUACACUUUUGCACCUUACCACUCCCUUGUAAUAAGGCGAAAAAUGUAAAUAUAUCUGGCGUCGACUGUACAUCAUACAUAAUAUCGAUUUUUUAGACACUGACAUAUGCGAUCCAUGUCGUAUCUUUAGUUAAUUUUAGACGUAUUUUUAAAGUUCGAAUCAGGUCGAUAAGCGGUAGACCUAUAGCAGUUGUGAAUAGCUGUCAUCAGCAGACAAUGCAGAAAUAUAUAAUGUAGCCAUAAUAUUUAAGUACUUAAGUAAUACUUUGUGAGAAAAUUUGCACUGUGAUUUAAGUCUUGUAAGAUGUCGGUUACUUAAUAAUGUAAAUAAGUACAAAUAAAAUAAUGAAAUUAUA